AUGGAGCUCGACAAGGACAACGCCAACCCCACCAUCCUGAACCCGUCGGAUCUGCCCUCGCGCCGUAGCGAUGCAGCCGGUAAGAGGCAGCACCACCCCGGCUCUGGCUUGUUUGACGACCUGAUCCCCCGCUACACAUAUCUCGUCGACCCCCUGGACGACCCUGUUUCGCCAGCCGACUCGGACAGCGACGACACACAUGACGACCCCAUUGACGAACAGGAAAUCUAUGACCUCAUUUCCACCAUCUGCGACCCUGAGCAUCCGCUGUCCCUUGGCUCCCUCUCCGUCGUCAACCUACCCGACAUCCACAUCCUGCCCCCUGCCUCUCCUCUGUCCAACAUCAGCACCGUCAUCGUCGAAAUCACCCCGACCAUUACCCACUGCUCGCUGGCCACCGUCAUCGGCCUAGGCGUGCGUGUACGUCUGGAGCAGGCACUGCCCCCGCGCUUUCGCGUCGAUGUCCGCAUAAAGAAGGGCACUCACAGCACAGACGAGCAGGUAAACAAACAGCUCGGCGACAAGGAGCGCGUUGCCGCUGCCCUUGAAAACGGCACCCUCAUGGGUGUGCUCAAGAAGAUGCUUUCCACGUGCGAGUAA